AUGUCCGAAGACCCACUGCAACUCGAUCCUUCAUUGACGGAAUUGGCCCCAUCUGCGGUUGAUAUGGUUGCUGGAGUUGCAGCUUCGCUAGGACAACAGACGCCACGCAAUACACCCGUAUCUCCCUCGCAGAAGCUCGCGAGUCUCGCUGCACCUUCGUCAUCCAAAUUGGCCUGGCAGAAAGCACAAGCCUUGCCUGCCUCUACUCGUUCGGGCUCUUCCAAGCACCGCCCUGCCGGAGAAUCAUUUGUACUUUUGCAGGACAGCGUUGUCCACAAGAUACCCACCGAUGGUAGUAAACCGGGCGGUACUCAAAAAGCAAGACAACGAGCUUCGACUCCAUCCAGAGCUCCAUCAGUCUCACGCAAGGUCACUAAUACCACCGACAAAACACCAUCCACACCAACUGCCACGUCGCCUACGAAACCUGCGGCUCCUCCAAUCGCCCCUCCUCGUUCGCAUCAUCUUGCACAGACACUGAAGUUGUAUACUCUCUUAUCUAAUCGGACGGAUCUGGAUCACCCGUUGUGUACAGAUUGCACUUCAGUCUUGAUCUCAGCGCUUACGAAGCAACUUGAGGAGACCAAGAGGGAAAGAGACGGUUAUAUUGCGUUUGAGCGAGAUGUCCGUAAUAACGCCGGGACAGGGGAUAUCAAAGAAAUGGAGGCCCACAUCGAGCAACUUAAACUGGAGGAAAAGACAGUUCUGGACGAGCUUCUAGACGCAGAAAAGGAAAAAGCCCGGCUGGAUAGGGAGUUGGAAGAACUAGAACGUGAGGAAAAGGAGUUGGAGGAGAAGGAGGCCGAAUUCUGGCGCGUCUACAAUGCAAACAGCCUCGCAGAAGCAUCGACUGCCGCAUCACUUCGGACGAUACGUGCUGCUCAGGAAGCGGACGCGGCCGAACUUGCCCGCCUGUCCCGCGCCAAUGUAUACAAUGAUGCUUUUUGCAUUGGACACGACGGUGUAUUUGGGACAAUCAACGGUCUUCGUUUGGGGCGCGUUACAGGCGUAGCCGUACCAUGGGCCGAAGUGAACGCUGCCUGGGGCCAAGCAUUGCUGUUACUUCAUACUAUAGCCCGCAAAGUAGGAUUCGUUUUUGAACAGUACCGCCUCGUCCCGAUGGGUUCCUGUUCGCGUAUUGAGCGGAUAGGCGGAGACAAGGCUGUUUACGAACUGUUCGGGUCGGGAGAAUUACACAUUGGCCGACUGCUCCAUAAUCGACGUUUUGACUAUGGAAUGGUCGCGUUCUUGGAGUGUCUCAGGCAAAUCAUCGAAUUUGCAAAAACCCAAGAGUCUGUUGAUUUUCCUCACGCGAUUGUAAAGGACAAAAUAGGGGAUGCAUCCAUUAAAUGGCAAUUCAACCAGGAAGAGACUUGGACUCGAGCACUUCGCCAUGUUCUGUUGGCACUCAAGAUUCUUCUCAAAUGGGCGACCACUGUCUAG